GGAGACUAUAAACGGGCACAAGCUUCUCCUUCCAAAAUAUUUCCACACUUCGUCGUCUUCGCCUCUCUACGUUGGCUUCCCAUACUUCUCCACUAAGGAAAUCGAUCGUCAUCAGCAGCCAUGGGUGUAGAGGGGGGAAUGAAAUGUGUCAAGUUCCUGCUUUUCUUUUUCAACUUUAUCUUCUGGAUAUGCGGUCUGGCACUGAUUGUCGUGGGAAUACUGGUUCAGUUAGCUUUGCACAAAACCUUCAUGAUCCGUGAUGCGACGGCCUCGGGAGCUCCCAUCGUCCUCAUCGGCAUCGGUGUGGUGAUCUUCUUCAUCGCCUUCUUCGGCUGCUGUGGCGCCUGGAAAGAGAACUACUGCAUGGUCACCACGUUUGCCAUCCUCAUCUCUCUCGUCAUCAUUGUUGAGAUCGCCGCAGCUAUUGCCGGAUACAUCUUCAGAAACAAAAUCUCAACCGUGGUCCAGGACAGUCUCACUGAAAUGAUCACCAAGUACAACAACAGCUCAGCUGAAUUCAGAGACGCUGUGGACAAACUGCAGGAGGAUUUGAAAUGCUGCGGUGCCAACAGCUCCACCGACUGGAAACACUUCAAACCUGAUGGAACCUCAGUGCCUGACUCGUGCUGCAAGAACGUCACUGCAAACUGUGGAGCCAAGACCAUGACGGAUUCUGCCAAAGUGUACCAGAAGGGCUGCCACGAUGCUCUUGAAGCUUUACUGAAGAAAAACAUCCAGUGGGUGAUAGUCGCAGCACUCGUCAUUGCUUUCCUGCAGAUAAUGGGCAUCGUGUUCUCCUGCAUGCUGAUGAGAGGGAUCCGCAGCGGCUACGAAGUCAUGUGAUCGGUUGGUUUGGUGGGUCGGUCGUUGGGGGUCACUUAAUUGGGAGCUUAAUUUAGAGAAACAGUUCAAUAUUCUUGUCUCAUAACUACGACUGUAAUGCACAGAACAAUAUAUUUUCCCUCCACAUUGAUUUUGGUAUAUAUUUUCAUAGGCGAUCAGCAGUCUGAUACUUUUUAUGUUUAGAAGUACAAAAUGAUACGUAGAAGAGAUUAACGUUCACACUUUUAUGUCGGUGACAUAUUUUUCUUUUUUUUGGUUUUGAGGAAUUCUAACAUCUUUUUACUUUGCUGGAUCUGUUCAGAGCAGAGUUUUAAAUGUCUUGCUGGUUCUCAGUUUCUAUUUUUAUUAAAGACUCUU